CUGGUCCUUCCUGCGCUCAACAACCUCCUCCAACUUCCUGCUGUUAAUUUUUCCGAUAAUAAGUGCAACAGUGGGUUUCCAAAAAACGACUCGAGCCCUGUCACCGACCGCAUUUGCCUUCAUUUUAGUGACCCAUCUGUACCGCGCGGCAUGAAAGUCUCUUCUUUGGUCACGCCGGAAAGCCUCGUUGAGGGCACAAACGAGUGGUGCCAAUGUAAGUUCUCUGUCUCUCCAUCUACCAUACGCGCAGGGUCCCAACUAAAGCACUACAACGAUCUUCGAAAGGCUGCCAAAUUCACAGAUACUGUGAUAGUAAUUGAAGACCACAAAUUCCCUGUCCAUUCGCAGCUUCUCUCGAUUUCAUCUGAGUACUUUGAGCAUAUAGCCUUUCGGGAUUUCCCCGUUGCUGCAGAGAUACACCUCGAUGAUGUGACCUCGGCGUCAAAUUUUGAACUUUUACUGAACUUUAUCUACUCUGGAAGUCUGCCGGUUGCAGAAGAAAAUUUUACUGAGCUCUAUCGUGAUAGCAGCUUUUUCCUCAUGCCACAGGCCUUGGAUGUGUGCCGAAAGUGGCUUUUAUCCCAACUAAACAUAGAAUCUCCAAACGAAAAGGCACUGGAGUUGGCAGUGGACAUAAUUUUGUCGCAUGGAGACGAAGAAAUCCUCGCCAGUGUCUUCACGAUUUUGGCAAAGGACCUAGAAAAGUACAAAGGUCCGGAAAUGUGGUUUCUUACGCCUUCUGUAAAGCAUCUUCAGACGCUUCUUCCCUGUUAUAACCGA